CCCCCCAACUCUCUCUCUCUCUCUCUCUCUCUCUCUCUCGCCAUUGGAGAUGACGAAGCAGAACGUGGUAAUGUCGGAGAUGGGCAUCGCGGUAGCGGCGGCGGUGCCCGCCUCGUCCCCGCUCCUCACCUACCCCCCGCCGCGCAGCUGCAGCGCCGUCGCAGCCGGCGCCGGUGGCGCCGGCGGCGGAGCUGGAGGGGGAGUCGCCAUGAGGAAGAAGUACCAGGCCCCGCUCGAGUUCGGCCCCGCGAAGAUGAACCCGUGGGUGGAGUCGAUGAGGGCCUCGUCGCCCACCCACGCCAAGGCCGCGGCCGCGCUCGCCGAGGCUGCGGCGGCGGCGGAGGCGGCGGCGCCCGGCGCCGCUAAGGACGAGUACGCCGCGUGGAUGGUGCGGCACCCCUCGGCUUUGGCCAAGUUUGAUCACAUCGUUAAAGCGUCAAUGGGAAAGCAAAUCGUGAUGUUCUUGGACUACGACGGGACCCUUUCUCCCAUCGUCGACGACCCCGACUCCGCUUUCAUGUCCGAUCAAAUGAGAGCGGCGGUGAGCGACGUGGCGAAGUGCUUCCCCACCGCAAUCGUGAGCGGGAGGUGCACGGACAAGGUGAUUAGCUUUGUGAGAUUAGCUGAGUUAUACUACGCUGGUAGCCACGGCAUGGAUAUUACAGGCCCUGUUAAAGUCUCCAAGUGCACAAAAGCUCAGGCCAAUGAAGUUCUCUAUCAACCAGCUAGCGAAUUCCUCCCCAUGAUAGAUGAGGUUUAUGAAGCUUUGUUAGAAAAGACCAAAUCCACACCUGGAGCCAAGGUGGAGAACAACAAGUUCUGUGUAUCUGUCCACUUCAGAUGUGUAGAUGAAAAGAGAUGGAGUGCACUGGCUGAACAGGUUAAGUCAGUGCUCAAGGAGUACCCCAAGUUGAGAAUUUCUCAUGGGAGAAAGGUAAUCGAGGUUCGCCCCACGAUUAAGUGGGACAAAGGCAAGGCCCUGGAGUUUCUGUUGAACACACUCGGAUAUGCCGAUUGCAGCGAUGUUUUCCCGGUCUACAUCGGGGACGAUCGCACUGAUGAAGACGCUUUUAAGGUAUUAAGAGACAGGGGACAAGGCCUCGGCAUACUUGUUUCCAGCCAUCCUAAGGAGACAAACGCCUCCUAUUCACUCCAAGAGCCUGCUGAGGCGAGUAUUUGCGUAUAUGCGGCCGCUAGCUAUUCUGCAGUCAGAUUCUUAGGGAUAUAUUAUCACAAUCCACUUCACCUUGUGGACCACCUGACGUGGUUUUCACAUCCACUUCUAAUUAAUGAGAUAAACCCCAAGUUGUCGAUUUUGAUUCUUUAAUAAAUCCUACACAGAAAAAAAAAAAAAAAAAAGAAAAAAAGAAAAAAAAAAGAAGAAGAGAGGGUAAAAGUUUCUGAUUUGGUUCUUUCAAAUAAUGUUCUUUUCAGGUUAUGGACUUCUUGCUUCGGCUAGUGGAGUGGAAGUGCCUCGUGCAGGGGCUCGCGAAGAGGAGAUAUAUAGGUGUCCCACCACAGAUGUAGAAGCUCGAUUUAUGUGGUGGCUUUUGCAUGGACCUGGUUGUUAUGCGUAUUAGGGAUCGAGGAGGGAAAGGCUCCAAAAGUUGGAGCCUUUUGUACUCUCCUUUACUAUUUUGUUCCUUUUUUUUUUUUUUUUUUAAUGGGAGCCAUUUUAUUACUAUUAUUAUUAUGCUCAUGAAACCAUGCAAAAUUAGCUUGCUUGGCGGAACGCAAGAGGCUAAAUUCUUGUAAUUAAUUAACUAGAUCUAUGUAGAUGGGAAAUAUCAAUUAUUUCCUAUGGAAUUAAUUAAGUUGGAUCUUAUGGAUGAUCAUGUGCCUUUUCCUUA